GUUAUUACUGCUGGAAAUUUGUCUUUUGUCUCUGUCUGACGAACGAGUUGUUGUCUUGUCGAGUUAUACCGAAAGAAACAAGAUCACCUAGCCAUGGAUUACAACGCUAUGCUUGAGAAGCUGCUGGAUGGUGGUUACCUCCCUACGACAGUCAUUCGCGCUGGUAUCCGCCAGCAGCUACGCCAGCGAUUGACAUCUAUCGCAUCGACAUCAAACGCUUCUGCUUAUGACACCAAAAUGAAGUAUGUUGAGCUUCUCCGUGAGAGACCUAUUGCGAUUGAGACGGCCAAAGCAAACACGCAACAUUAUGAAGUCGGUACUGGUGUUCUUAAAAACAUGCUUGGUCCGAACAUGAAGUACUCGUGCUGCCUUUACGAGGGCCUGAAGCCUGGACAAGGCAUUGGCGAGGCAGAGGUGCUCAUGUUGGAAGAUUACGUCAAGAAGGCGGACCUGAAGGAUGGCAUGACCAUGUUUGAUCUUGGAUGUGGAUGGGGAUCGCUCAGUUUGUUCCUUGCCAAAAAGUUCCCAAACUCAAAGAUCACUGGGUUCUCCAAUUCACGCACGCAAAAGGAGUACAUUGAUUCGCAAGCUAGAGAGCGAGGACUGAGCAACCUGACGAUUGUCACGGGAGACAUUUCUACGUAUGAGUUCCAGGCGCCAUUGGCAGGAUCAUUUGAUCGUGUCUUGUCGAUAGAGCUGUUUGAGCACAUGAAGAACUACAAGCUUCUGCUCGCCAAGGUAUCAAGUCUGCUCAAGUCAGGUGGUAAGCUGUUUGUGCAUAUAUUCGCACACAAGGACAGCCCCUAUGACUUUGAGGACGGAUGGAUGACGGAACACUUCUUCACGGGUGGAACGAUGCCGAGUGCAGAUCUGUUGCUCUGGUUCCAAGAUGACCUGAAAUGCCAACGCAUGUGGUGGGUCAACGGCAAGAACUAUGCGCAGACGUGCGAGGACUGGCUGUCGAUCAUGAACAAGAACAGGCAAGUGCUCUGGCCGCAUUUGGAGGAGACGUAUGGCAAGGAGAAGACGUUGACUUGGUUCCACCGCUGGCAGAUAUUCUACCUCGCAUGCGCCGAGUUGUUUGCGUACAACGGUGGAGAGGAAUGGGGCGUGUGCCACUACUUGUUUGAGAAGGCAUAGACGAGAGAAUUGGUAUUGUGGUAUAGAGGAAAUUGAAAGAGAUUGACGUUCGUGAAUCAGUGAUCCCAAGGGUGCUUCCAGCCGAGGAGAGCAGGGCCGUCCUGUGUCCGAGGUUAAUAGGUAGGAUGGUGUCGGGGCGCGGGAGUCUAGAUACCUUCUUGGCUCUGUACAUCAACUAGACGACAUGUCAGAAAGAGAGCAUCCCGAAGAGAAGCGUUCGGACUUACGAAGAACCACAUGCUGGCACCAAGACCGGUCGCAGCGAAUCUGUAGAGAGGACGGACGGGGUGGAUGUGGAUGGGG